UCAUUUGAAUUGCAAUACCUCUAAAUUAAACCAAAUAACAAUAAAUAAAUAAAUAAAACUGUGAAGUCCUUAUGGUUAUAUUUGAGAUAAAGUUUAAACUUGUAACAUCCAGAUGUCAAAGCAAAACUACUCAUAACCGCUUACUGUACGUAAGAUGACACGUAACUUUUUGUCGUUUAUUUUUAAACGAAAAUCAAAUAAAACAUUCCCUGUCGUUUUUAUACACCAUUAGCUAGAUAGCGUACAGAUUGUUUACUGUUAUCACGUUACCAUUUUUGCAAGUUAUUAGUUCACAACGUAUUACACAAUAUUAUUAUAAUGAGAUCUUCAUAUAUAGCGAAAGUACUCGUGCAUUUUAAUGACAAAUGAAGUGAACUGAGAUUUUUAGAAUAAAUUGAGAUUUUAACAUCAGCUUACCAAGCAUCACUCGAUUUACUGUAAUUUGAACGUGUGGUGUUUGAGUGAUUAUGUAUGUUCUUUAUAUCAUCAAACGAUGUGAUGGAUUUUGUUUUUUUACAAACGAUGCACAAAUAUUCAGGUUAUUAGAUAAAAUAAAUCCAAAAGCUUUUGUUUUAGGCUAAUACACCAGCGGUACUUGCGAUAUCGCGAGAUUAGACUCAAACAGUCUCAGCAUCAGCACCAGCGACUGAACACAGCGCAUGUCAGGGAGGAUGCUCGAGGAGGAAGCAAUUGUUUGACACUGAAUUAUAGGCUGCAUCCAACACUAACCGAUUUAGAUCUCCAUUAGGAUACAUAUACAUUAAUAUCAUGUUUCCCUCGUGUUACGCCAAAAGCUGUACGGACAACAGCGGUGGUGGUAAGAAGAGCUCGCUAACUAAGCUGCUGUUCGGCGUGUUUGUGGUCUACAUGCUGCACACUGGCUGGCUGCUGUAUGGAUUUAUCUAUACUAAAACCUGUGAUAAAACCAGAGGAGAGAGCUGCAUCAACUCUUACCUUUCUGUGAGACCCAGACUGCAGCUGAGUGUCUACACUUGCCUGAUGCCAGACAACAGUCCAUUAAACCUCGCUCUGAAAAUAGACUCAUUUGACCCACAUUCUGCAUUUGAAAGGACGGUGAAUGUCGAUCUGCCGGCGGAGACUCGAGACAAUGGCACUCUGUUUGCAGUGGUUUACGUCCAUAAAGCUGGUGUUUCACCUCUGGAGGACAGGAGAGAAGUUCACUACACCACUCAGCUCACCGCCUACGUCAAACCAACGUCCUCAGAAGGACACAGAGAUGUACAGAAGAGGUCAAAUCCCAGGUCAGAUGAUCCUGUGUCCCACUGGAGACCUCACCUGUCAGUUACUCUGAUGUCAGAGGGCUUUACCUUCAACAAGGCGGGACUUCCUAGUGAUGUGCGUCGAUACAUGAGAGUAUCUCAGGAAGGCCAUCAGAUGAUCUACCUUCCUCUGCUCCUGGUCAAUGAUUUCAGUCUCAGAGUCAAAGACCUCAUGGAGAUCAGCAGCAGCACCGCCCACCUUCCUCUGACUGUGUCCUACGAAGGCAUAUCUCUGAGAACAUUCAGGUUUUGGGUCCAUCUGCAGGAUGUGGUUUAUUCUCUACGGCAGUUUGGCUUUACUGAAGAAAACAUUGAUGAAAUUAAAGAAACUCUGGUUGGAUCAAAUCUCUACCUGUUAGUGCUGACUGCUGUCAUCACAGCUCUGCAACUCAUCUGUGAAUUCCUGGCUCUUAAAAAUGACAUCAGCUCAUGGAGAGAAAAGAGUAACAUGGCAGGAAUAUCCAGGAAAUCAGUUCUCUGGCGUAGCCUCAGCACCUUGCUGAUUUUCCUCCAUCUGCUGGAGGAGACCAGUCUGUUGGUGCUGCUUCCUGUAGGACUGGGGGCAUUUGUGGAGGUUUGGAAGGUGUGUAAGGUGUUCAAGAUUCAGUUGCAGUUGAAAAGUUCCAAGUUUCCUGUAAAGAGACUGGAUGAGGAGGAGAGGAAGACAGUGGAGUAUGAUGCACAGGUAUCUCUUUGGUUCUCUUUUGCCUUUGACAACUUACAGUUUUUUUUUCUUUUCUCCUCAACUUUUCCUGACUUUCUCUGGUUUGGUCUCCAGGCCUCCAGAUAUUUGUCCUACCUGGUUUAUCCUUUGUGCAUCAGUGGGGCUAUCUUCUCCCUGGGCUAUUUACGUCAAAAGAGUUAUUUUUCCUGGUUGAUCAACAGCCUGGUAACAGGUGUUUAUGCCUUUGGCUUUCUGUCUAUGUUCCCUCAACUCUUCAUUAACCACAAGUUGAAGACUGUAAGCCACCUGCAGGGGGCAGUGUUGAUGUACAGGGUGGGUGCAAUCAUUUUUUCUCUCUCUUUCAUAAUUGUCCACGCUCUUUCUUUCAUGGUGUUUUUUUUCAUAGUCUUUUCUGUAUUCUUUUCUCUCUUUCCUCCACCAGGGGGUGAACACACUGAUCUCAGAUCUGUGCUUCUGUGGCUCCCUUUUCUCCCCUGGAUCCUUCUCCUCCUCUCAUCAACUUUCCUGCUUCAGGGAUGAGCUCCUCUUCAUCAUUUACCUUUACCAGAGAAGGUGUUUCGCCCAUAACUCCAACAGACGAGACUCUGUGACUCACAGCAAGAAACUGAAGACUCAAUGAGGAGAAAACACGUCUGUUCAUUUUCAGAUAUGACCACGAUGCGACCCACGUCUGAAAAACAGACGGAGAGGAGACGCGGCCACAGUCCAACUUAAAGUGACUGACGCUGUUACAGGCUGUCGGCUGCUGCUGCUUUUUUGCUUGACAUUGAUGAUUCUACUUUAACUGAGGCAACAAGUGAAGAUCACUGACGAGAUGAACAUAAGGUGUUUGUCUGCAGGUUUUCUCUGUAAUGCACUUAUUAUUGCCCGUUAUGCACAACUAUGAUUGUCUUCUGUACACUGUAAGAAAAAAAGAA